AUGAGUGUCCCUCAGACGGAACGGGUUGAACCCAAUCUCAAGCCACAACAACUUUCUUUCCCGCUUCCUAGAGCAUUACAUACUACAGCUCAUGUUCAUUUGACCGUGCUGGGGAACUGUACUACGGUCUUUAUCACGACUUCAACUCCUGGUGAUUCGGCAGGUUCAAUUAAGCCGUUGGGUAGCUUUGUGUAUGCCAUGCCAGAUCGUACAUCUCCAAACUCAACAAUCUCGACGACACUAUACACAACAGCCUCGAGCAUUGAGUACACAACACGUGUGGCUAAGAUUCUUGCCCGACGGACCCACAAGCCAAUCUAUGUUGGCUGCAGCAUUGAUCCCAAUGGACUUGGACUGACAGUCGAGGAGGAAAUGGAGGGCUUAACUCAUAUUGUUAAUUUCAUUGCAAAAAAGGUCGCGGAGCAGCAGAAGGAAUAG